UUACUUGUGUCAUUGCUUCAAGGAAAUCGUGAUGAUCAGUCGUAUUAUGUGGACGAUUCUAAAGCCAGAGAGGAUGCACAACGCUUAGUUGAUGCUGGCGCAUCAGUGUGGUGCACUCAUGAAUCGACGUUCAAUGCAAUUUUGGUUUCACAAAAUCUAAGACAACUCGAUCGCGUUUUUCGCUAUUAUCAAGAACUGACUGGAAAUACCAUUGAAGACGCUAUUGAGGUUAUCGUCAUUUAUGAUCAUUCACUCCAGAAAGAAUUCAGCGGUGAAACGAAGAAAGGACUUUUAGCACUCGUACGUUGCAUUCAGAGUAAACCGAAGUAUUUCGCAUACGGAUUACAUAAAGCAAUGGCUGUAAGUUAA